UAAAUUCAGUAAUUAUAAUAAUAAUAUAAUGUUAUUAUUUCUUUAGCCAAGGAAAACAGAUGUUUUACUUGCAAGUUUACAAAAAAUCUUUAUAACAAUGGAUUCUUCUGAUCAAAGCCUUAACCUAUCUACUGUUUCCUCGAGAUUUGAAGAAGACACAGAAACGAGAGCGGCUAAAAACUAUGUGAAAGAUCUUUUGAAGUCGCGGAUAUUUUUAGGUCGGUACAUAGAAAGGCGGCUUAUAAAUAAGCACAUCGGCUACCGCGACAUCGUUUUGAUAAGCGCAGCUGAGGUCGAAUUGAAGAGAGAUUUACUAGCAGCUCAAGAAAAGCUACGGGCUAUAUUUCCCGAGUCACACUGGAUUGGCAUUUCUGACUCUCAUAUGAUUGGCCUACAGUCUGGUUUGUACCUCUCUGCUGAGAUAGACAACGAGCCUCUGGGGCCAUUUUGGUUUCAAAUCAAAACCAUCAAGUUCCGCCCCUUAGAAACCAUUGUUGUUUUGAAAUGUAUAAGGCAUAUAUCUGAUGGAUUUCUGGAACUGGAACCGAUAUUAACUGGUGCACCAAAUAAAAGCAUAAUUGCCAGUAUUCCGAGCAACAAAAAGGAAGUUGAACAUAUAAAAGCAGAUAUUACGGAAACUAUAAAAGAUGUGCUGUCAAUUCACAAUAUUAGGGAUUUUUUUACAUUUAUUUUUGCAUUUGUUAUUGCUGUGUUUACUGGGAGUACCUCAUUUGUAAACUUUUUGGGGAACUUUAUUUUAGCACUUAUAAGAGAAUUAUCUCUUUUAGUGAAAAAUUCAACACCCAUGUUUCUAGGAGUUUUAGAUUUCUUCAGUAAAAUUGUUGGUGGUUUCUAUAUUUUAAUGGCAAUGUUUUUUAGACCAAAUAAUCCUCCAAGACCAAAUAAAAGAAUAGUUGAGUAUGAUCAGCCAGAUUUUAAGUACAGAAAUUUUGACUGAUUUAGAUUUUCUGCCUAAUCCGAAAAAUAUUUAAAAUUAGAUCUCACAUGUGAAGAAACUCUUACAUUUUAUUAGUAUUAUGUAGGAAAGGCCAUGUUAUACUGACUUACUUAUUUUCACAUUCCUUUCUUACAUUUUUACAAGUUUUGGAUUACAUGGGUGUUGGAUUUGUAGGUCUGAGGCAAAAAUAUGCAAUUAUAAGAAUAAACUGCAUAAUUUGAGUUUUAUAAUAAUACAGUGUAAGUUAUAUUUUAAU